AUGUUAAGCAUUAUUUUGUUUUAAUUAGUAAUAGGACUUAGUGAACGUCCAAAAAAUAUUAGUGAAUUGUCAAAGAUACUGUAAAAGUAUGAAUACAAAGGGUAAUGGACAUCAUAGAAAAAGGAAUAAUAAUAAUUUCAAUACAUGACAGUUGAAUAAGGAGAUGCUUAUAUGAUAUUCUUGUCAAAUAGUACAUAACAAAAUAAGAAUGAUCUAAUCGAUAGACUUGAGUUUUAAUUGCUUAAUCCCAUAUAUCCAGAAAAAAGACAGGUAUUAGGCAUUUUUUAAUUGACAAAUUAUUCUGAUAGUGAUAUGUAAAGAAUGAUUUAAUGUUAGUUCAUUCGAGAACAUCAGUGUCUUGAACUACUCUACAGCAUACAAAUUCAGAAGAACACAUAAUUCAAAAGAGAAUUGUGAAAUAGCAUAUACUGUCAAUAUUGAAUUUGAAAGUGAAAUUUAUGAUGAGAAACAUACUAAGAUUAAAGUACAUUUGUAUACUCAUAAUAAUUCAUUGGAUUUAAGUUGUGAUGUUGAUAUUGAAAUGGAUUUAACUCUAGACACAACAAAUUAUUUAUUAAGGAUUAUUAUGUAUUGUACAAUGUCUGUGAUGAUAUGUUUUACUUAAUUCUUAUUUGUAACUAAGCUCUGUAAGGCUUUAAUUGAGAAUUUGGAAGACUCUAACAAAGUAAAAUACUCAAAGUUAUAUUAGAUUUCAUUUUUUGCAGUUGGUUAUUUGA